CCCGCAACGCUGCAGUCAUGCGUCCCUCUGUGCGUCUGUUAAACUUGGAAGUGCCCUCUAUCCAGGGGGCCCGAUCUCUCUAUGUCUGCUCAGUCUGCAGACAUGAAGCGCGUCCCCGUCCGAUUGUCGCCCGCCAAUUCUUGCGCAACGCCUCCAACGCGAACUCGCUGACCGAGAAGGUGCGCCGCAAGAUCUGGGGCACCGACAACCCCCCCGGUCUUAAAGACCCCUAUGGCGGUGAGGGUGCUCUUGAGCGGAAAUUCAAAAGCAAGCAAGCUCCGACGGUAGUAGAAGAAGAGACACCUGAAGCUUCGCAGGCGCUUGACACCGCUGCAGACGAGGACGCUGCUCCCGCUGCAGACGACUACGAGCCGGCGACAACAUGGGAGGGUCUCGAUCGCGUCGGCCACCUCGGUCGGUGGUCUGACCUUCCUCCUGCGCCGACUGACGCAUACAAGUCGUUCCAGUACAAGAAGAAGAUUACUAAGAAGGGCUUACUCUCAAUUGCGGCUCACCAGGCUGUCGUCGAGCUCUGCCUCAUGCACCAGCUGGGUAAGCCCUUGACGAGCAUCUGUGAUGUCGAGGAGCACGAUCAGUCGGUUUUCAAGUUAAUCUGGAAGACCAAGGUUGUACCGACCUCGGAUGGACAAUGGAAUGCGGCACUGGAGUAUCCCAACAAAGAGGCUGAGGAGGCUCUUGUCUAUGUUUUUGAGCAAAUCGGUGGCCAAAAGGUCGCUCCUGAAACGGAGGAAGCGUCGCAGGAUGUUGAAGAGGCAGAAGAAGCGACAAACGACUUGACAGACAUCCUCGGCACUGACGAGACCAAGCAACCUUUCUUUGGUUAUCAAACUAUUCGUGACAAUGGUUUCUUGUCUCUGUCGCUGAAUGAUCCGGCCACGAAGUUUGCUUUCUUGAAGAGAUUCUCCCAAUUGACUGGCCACUUCUUCCCUGACCCUGCUGUUCAUUCGAUCGCCACUGUUCAGCAGGUCGUUGACCACGUUCAGCAAGUCGUGAAGCCGAAGCCGAAAAAACUGGCUGAUUACCUCGCCAAUAAUCAGCGGUACUCAAACAUGCCCAAUAUCAAAGUCUUCGCCAAGAGACAGAAGCGUUCUGACAGGGAUGAAGAAUUGGGCCGCAAGAAGCUCAUUGAAGCCGAGCUUCGCGCCAGAGGUCUUAUUGAAUAGACUGCUACGAUGGUGGAUUUGGGGUAGGUCCCCGAGGUUUAAGUUUCUAGUUCUUGUAGCAUGUUAUUUGUUAAACCCUUGCUGUACAAUAGGAAGCAAUGUUUUGUUCGUUCGAAUAUCAUUGAAAGUAUC